UUGGAACUGGAUCACUGAAUGUCUUAAAAAGAAGGGUUCUUCCGCCCACUUGAUACAGCCAGGCCCUCACCAAUCCCCUUUGAGAUCUAGUCUCGUCCCUCCCUUUAGUCCCCCCGAAAAACUGGACCCUCCCUGGUCCCUCCGAGGAGUUUCUUAUUGUUCCCAUCGCCCAUAUUGGUACUAUGGGAAACAAGCGAAGAACCCUUCUUCUGCUACUGCUGCUGCUACUGCUGUUGCUUCUGACGGUAACCUCUACUCGGCCAAGGGUUCCAGGUCGUAUUCACGCCCAAGCUAAACGAUACCUGAAGAGGCAGCAAUACGGUGGCGUGCAGCCAAUCUCGGUAACGAAAAAACUCUAUUGGCCCUCUUCUAAGACACUCUACACAAUAGUGCAGGUGAUGUCUUACUGUCAUCAAGCUGCUCAUUUUUUCUCAAUCUCUUUGGGAAGAAAUUUGGGUCUGAUAAGGACAGACCCUCCCGAUUGGUGGUGGAGGGUCCGGGAUUCGACUACUUGUCUACUAGUGGUAGUAUACUGGAAAGAAGUGAUAGAGGUGAUACCGUAAUAGUGGUGAUGGUGGUGGUAGUUGGUAGUCAUUUCUUGUAUACUUGAGUUUUCAGGUUUAAAGGGUCAGACCUAUACCGUUAUC